AUGGCUGCCUACAAAAAUCUCAGUCAAUUGUCAAACUGGAGCGCCGUAUUUCCAACCUUUUAUUGGAUCCGGGAUGAGGAAAAACUCCUAGACUCUGUGACCACACUGGGCGCAGGUCCCCCUUUCAACGCGUCUGAGUUGGACUCCACCAUCCCGCUGACAGACGCUGCUCCGCCGGUUCCGGUGAGACCCGCGGAUGCCUCUGUUUCCCAACCGGCUCCCGGCCCCGGAGGUGCUUCUGCCGCAGCCGGGCUGGCUGUCGUGGUUCCGCCGUCGCAUCCCCAGCCCGACGACCACUGGCACUCGCUGGGUGAUAAGCCAAAGCUCUUGCCUGCUACAGCACUGGAUUUUACACUAAAUCCGAGGCACAGAGCACUCAGCUCUACUCUGCGGCAUCAGCCCUGGCAGUCUGUGGCAGGUAGCAGGAGGGCACACAGAACCAGCCCGCAGCCCACCUGUGAACUCCAGCUGUCCAACAGGUACGAAGCCCUCAGCCUGCAGGAUUCCCCCCCCCGGGAGCGCGGUCCAGCUCGCCGCCGGGUCCUGUCCACCCAGCUGGCCGUGGCUCUCGCAGCGCAACUCCCAGCGUCGCAACUCCCAGCAGCCAGUGGAGGAGCGCGCCCCCUCCGUGCUGGUCGUCGGGACCUCGAUGGUCAGGCACGUGAAGGUACAUGGUGGGGGCUUAGAGGAUUUCAAUCAGGUAUGCCUGACAUCGGACAAUAGAUCUGCUGUUAUAGCAAUAAGACUUGUUUGAUGUCAUUAGUUUUCUCCAUAACCUACCACUCAAACUUGUGGUUAGAUAUCUUAUUUGACUACUCCAUCUGGUGUUCCCAAGACAAAAUGAGCCAAAAAUAUAGAUUGGAGUUGUAUAAUUUUUUUUCGUGACUAUUAUCAUUAACGCCAGAAUGGCAAAAUUUAUCGUGAUACAUUUUUUUCAGCCCAUAUUGCCCAUCCCUAGUAUGGAGAGGUCAUUUGCCUUGUACUUGCUUCUUUAGUUCGUACCCCAUUUUUUAACCAAAGCUGGGGUGGACAACCAUGAGGAGACAACUUGAUGUAAACUGCAUUUGUUAUAUAUAUAGGAAAGGAAAAAAUACACCUCAUACGUAGGGCAGUGAGUUAAAAGGUGUGCAACGUGGCUGAAACACAGCUGUAUGAAAAGUGUGUGAAAGGAUGACCUCUGACUCACAUUAUUUCUUUCCGUCCUUUUUGAUCAUACUUUUUUAAGAGGUCAUUUAUUUUUUGGAGGUGCUAUAAGUGUAUAGUUCUCUGUUUCAUAUUUCUACACCUAACAGCAAUAAAAAUGAUUUGUACAAGGCAUUGCAUAGGGGAGUGAAGGCUGUGGACUCUAGUGUAAUCUUCAAAGCUGUCUUGUUUAACAAGGAUGUGGUGAAUGUCUUCCUAAAGAUGGACAUGACCCUUGGAGGAGCUGUUAUCCAUUCUUAUAGCUUGUGUCUCUGUGGGCGAGGGGCACACACUCACACAGAGACACAUACACCAGUGUACACAGAGAGGUGUGUUUCUGGCAACCCUUUCCACUGACUGUGCCAAUGUUGCCGCUUGGCUGAACAUUAAAUCUAGUGAAGGGCCGAGUUUAUUUUCUUUGCUUUGAAAGGCCAUAUUUAUCGUUUUCAAUUAUCUCGGAUCCAUAAAAGCUGACCCCUGCUCUCUGCUGCGCUGUCCGAGCCACUGGAGGAGGAAAGAGACUGUGUGCGCGCGCUCUCUCUCUGUGUUCAAGAUUUUCUGACCUGUGAGUUCGGGCACACAUGAGGAUGAGAAUUUAAGAGCCUGAAAACUGGAUCAGAAUCAUUCAAACAUGCAUUUGCGCCCUGGAAUAAACCUGGGUUUUAAUGCUUGCAAAGACCUUGAAAUCCAAACACACCAUAAUCUUUCUCAGCAAGUCCCUCUUUCCUCCACAUGAUAGUAGCAUCAACACACUUGUGAUGUUAAUAGUAAAUUUAUUAGAGCCUUGAUGUUAAACUCUCAUUAUCUUGUCAUGAGAUGUGCUGCUGGCCUGGGGGCACCCAGCCGACGCCGGUUCCCUUUGAACGGGGAGUGUAUCAGCCGAACCCCCCUCUGUUCGCCAUUUCAAAGCGACUGCUGCAACAGACAGAAAACGAUGCCAUCUGCAUGCGAGUGUGACUCCCACCCACUCUCAUAGCCGAGCUUAAUCUCCUUUUUAUGUUGAUUGUCUACACUUGUGAUUAUGAAGUUGAACGCUGUAUCCGAAAGUGUGUGUAUGUGUGUGCACCUGUGUCUUGUUCUUUAUAGUUUGCAGAGGAGUGAGAGUGUGCAGAUACAGCUAACAGCUUGUUUGGCAGAGCAGCACAGAGUACACAGUUGGAGGGAUGUAUCGUUCAGAAAUGUUGGUCCAUUUAACAAAAUCACUGGGUGGAGAGGACGGCCAUUACAGCCAUAGUACUUAUUGUUAAGUUGUUAGCAAAUGUAGCUGCAGUGCUUUGGAGUUUAAUGAGUAGCUGGCUAAUGGGAUCACUACUAGCGCCACUUGGACACUUGGUGGAUCCACAGAGAGCACCAAUGAUCUCAUGAGUGGAAACUUUUUAACCAUAUCCACUGGUGCAAUUCUAAUAAGCACUGAUCAAGUAGCUGUUUUCUUAUUUUGCGUAACCAACAGAUGGCAAAGUGUUUUUCUUUUAUGAUAAUCUCUUUAAGUUGUGCAGUGAUUUACAAAUGAUAGCCAGAAAGAACUUAAAUUCAAGACUAUGGCUCCUGGUAGUUGUUGACAGAAACUUCAUUACAUAUGAAGUCAACAUGUGUUCAGACUGCAUGAAAAAAUUUAAAUUUGCCUGAAAGAGAAACAUUACUGUUUUCAGUCUAAUUGAAAAUGAGUGGUGUCUUUUUGGUCAAAAUAUGGGACUUUUAAUGGGUACAAGUGUCAUAACAACUUGAGAAUGAUCCGAUUCAAAAGUUCUGAUCCAGUUGAUUCAAGUUUUGAGCUGUUAUUUAUAGGGCUCUAAAGUCCUAGUCGACUGGUCGACUUAUUGGUGCUAAGUCAACAGAAAUGCUGAUUGGUUGACUUGAUUUAAUUCCACGUCAAUCUACAGUCUAUGGUUAAUUUCAUCAGGAGGAACGAACCAAGUGCUAAUGGGGGUGUUUUCAGAGCACCCCCAUUUUAAAGGUAAAAGCCUGUCUCAGAACACCCCCCUUGUUUUCACCAUUUUGGAUUCGCCCAAGCCACUGGAGACCAGACUUUGAAGUCGAUUUGGCGCUCAUUAGCCAUACCCACGUUGCACUCCAAGAAUUGACAAACAACCUGCAUGAGCAAGGAGCAAAAGUCGGUCGACGUAUAAGCCAAGAAAAGACCAAGGCCAUGACCGCCGCACAACAUCAACACCUUCCACCACUCACCGUAGGCGAACAAGACAUAGAGUUCAUUGAGGACUUCACAUACCUCGGAAGCAACAUCUCAAUAUCAUCUCAACAUCUCCACUGGAGACGUGGAGAAAAACGUACCGACCAGAAUUGGCAAAGCUGCAGGAGUCUUCCAACGACUCUGGAACAUCUGGUCAUCGAAAUCCAUCACCACAACCACAAAGCUAUGCCUCUAUAUGUCAGUGGUCAUCCCUACAGUGACCUACGCCUGUGAGACAUGGACAAAGACAGCCAGCAUCACCAAAAAGUUGGAUGUCUUCCAUCAACGGUGCCUCAGAUCCAUCCUAAAGAUAUCAUAGAGAGACCACAUCACCAAUGAAGAGGUGAUGAGAAGGGCAGGUGUAGUACCCUCGUCUGACAAAGUCUCUGACAAGGGAAAGAUAAUGACCAGACAUGUACUCCGACUGCCAAGUGAGAGACCGGCAAGAGUGGCAAUAGACUGGAUGCCAGAGGGGGGAAAGAGAAGGAGAGGAAGGCCAAAGAAGACAUGGAGACAAACAGCCAAGGAAGACCUGAGCGAGAUGGGAGUCAGCUGGCAUGGAGCAAGAAGGGUUGCUAGGGACCAGAGCAAAUGGAGGGGACUCAUCGCCCAGUGUUCCAAUAGGAACAGGAGGAACUAA